UGGCACCACUUGUAAACAAACACCUACAAGAGACGACAGAGACAAGAGAUUUUGGAGCUGUGACCCGUGGAGCUACACUACACGGACCUGUGACAUGAAGACUGCACCAACAUGAGACUUGAAUUAACCAAAAGAAUAUGUCAUCAGUCAUGUAGGAGACUAGUACGACGAGAGAGGCGGCGAGAGAGUUCGUCAGCGCAAUGCCCAAGAGAGAGAAAUAAAACUCCAGGAAGAACGAGAAGCCUUGUUACGAGACCCUGUGUUUGUGGCGGAGCUGGAGAGAAUAGAGGCUAGGAAGAAGAGGCUCGGAGGAUGGAGGAGGAGGAGACAGCCAGGAGAAGAGAAGAGUGGCAGUUGCGUGAUACUGCCCUGCACUCCAUGUUCCUUGGGGAGAAGCAGAGGCGCCUUCAACAACAAGAACAGCUGGAGAAACAAGAGGCUCUGAUUAAGAAAGAAUGGGAAGAAAAGCAGAGGAAGGAGAAGGAAGAAGAGGAGCGUAAGAAAGAAGAACAGACUGCCCUGCUACAAGCUGCUACUGGGAACCUGAGAGAGGGGGAGGAUGAGGUAACACACAACCCAGAGCCACCACCAGGCUUCACCAGGAAGGAUUUAACUUAUAAGAAAGGAGAACCUUGUCCUUUUUUUACCAAGACUGGAGCCUGUCGCUUUGGUCUCCAGUGCUCGAGAGAGCACGACUACCCAGAGAGCAGCCAGACCAUCUUACUGCCCAACAUGUACACUAACUUCGGGAUGGAGCAGAUGGCUAUUGAUGGUAAUGACGCUGACAUCGCCCUGGAGUACACUGACUCAGAAACAUAUGAAAAUUUUAGGGAUUUCUUCGAAGACACAUUGCCGGAAUUCCAGCAUUGUGGGAACGUAAUUCAGUUCAAAGUUUGUGCCAACACAAGUCCUCAUCUGCGUGGGAAUGUGUACGUACAAUACACGAAAGAGGAAGACGCCGUGAGAGCAAGAACUAUGUUUAAUGGACGAUGGUACGCGGGUCGUCAGCUGACUUGUCUGUUUGUGACGAUAGAGCGGUGGAAGUCUGCUCUGUGUGGACUGUACUGGCGCCAACAGUGCCCUAAAGGGGGACAGUGUAACUUCCUUCAUGCUUACCACAACCCGGGUAAUGCCUUCUGGCGCACUGACCAGGACAGGCAGCCACUUGAGUAUCCAAGGAACUCUCAGACACCAAAACAUUCUCUCAGAACACACUCAGAAAGGAGCACCAAGGCCAGCAGCAGGAGGGGUUCAGUGAGGAGUUCUCGAAGCUCAAGGUCAAGAAGUAGAUCUAAAGGCUCAAGAAGUAGGUCUAAAAGUUCAAGGAGUAGAUCCAAGAGGUCAAGAAGUAGAUCCAAAAGGUCAAGAAGUAGGUCUAAAAGUUCAAGGAGUAGAUCUAAAGGCUCAAGAAGUAGAUCCAAAAGGUCAAGAAGUAAGUCAAAGUCAAGAAGUAGAUCCAAAAUGUCAAGGAGUCAGUCAAAGAGGUCAAGGAGUAGAUCAAAAAGGUCAAUGAGUAGAAGUAAAAGGUUAAAAGACACAUCAGAAGGAUCAAACAGAGUAGACACAUCGAGCAAUGGUUCUAAAAUGGUAGACAGUCCGAGUAGGUCCGAGGAGUCAACGAGUGAACUGCAUGAAUCAGACGUUAGGUCAGCGAUGCCACGGAGUCCACGAGUGAAGUGAAGGAGGAAACCUGUGAAGUGAGAGAGUCAGCCUUUGAAGUGAGGGAGUUAACCUUUGAUGUGAGGGAGUCAACCUGUGAAGUCAAGAAGUCUAUGAGGGGAAGUCAGCAAGUCAGAUGAAGUCUAAAAGUCCAUCAUGGUGCCUCCGAGUCCUAAAUCAACCUCUGUAUGUAUUGAAAUACGUUUUGUGUUGAUAAUAUUAUACACACGGUACUAAGGUUGAGUCAGGAGGAAUCAUAAAAAUCUUGUAUGGAUAUUGACGUUAAAUGAAGAUGGAAGGUUGUGAGGAAACAGUUACUGUAUACAGAAGUCAACAUUCCUAAUUUUGUGCAUUAAAGAUUUAUUUUAUUA